GUUACACAAUCGAUAGUUUAUACGUUACGUAUAUAUUUAUAAAUUUUUAGCAGUAUUGACAGUGAAUUUUGAAACACAGCCAAAAUUUACCUAGUGACAGUGAUUAUCGUGUGAGCACUCACUUGUUCGAUGUUUUCUAAACGUAUAUUACGUGACUGUGAUAUUCAACUUUUUUCGUCCUUCCCGCCUUGGCUUCGCUAUCUCCGAAGGCUGUGCAUACAUACUCGAAGAGUAUCUGUUAUGUAUACAGUGGAAGCAGAGGAAUAAACAGACUUUACAUAACAUUAAACAUCUAACACAUCAUUGUGUUCGGGAAAGUCGACAUUUCACAUUGGCACUCAAUAUUGAAGAUAAGUUGUUCAUGUAGAAAAUGUGUGAACAAACAUGGACUGUAAUACAGUUUGAACAAGAUUGUUCUGUGGAAGCGGUACCCUCAACAUGGAUUCAAGGGCAGUUUUGCUAUUGGCCUACAUACUCAAGAGACAAAAUAACGAGUGCAAUAAGGAAGCAUGAAUCUUUAAAUACAUGUUGGCCUAGCUACAAAAUAAGAAACUUCAGAAAUUCUACGUUUGAAGAGAACUUAAUACCACAACCACCAAAACUAAAAACAAAAGUUAAAAUGGGAAAAAAAAUAAAUUCUGUAAGAAAAGAAAGUUCUGAAAAAUCAAUUAAUGUUGAUCAGUAUGAAAUAUCCAAUACCGAAAUUGAUAAUUCAAUUCUUGAUGAAAAUGUAGAUUUCCUAAAUUAUGAAAGAGAAUUAAUUAGUACGCCACGUAAUUCCCCCUACAGUCACCUCAGUAAGAGAGAAAAAUUUGAUGAGAAGACUGUUAAAAACUUAGUGGCUCAAAAUUAUUUAAUACGUAGUGUGGUUCUGGAUAUACUCUCUGAAGUUAAAGAAAUUAAGUUGCAACUAAAAAAUAAUUCUCAGGAAAUAAAUACCCGUGGAAAAGAACAAAUAAUUUCGGUAUUUAAUAAUAAAGAUAAUGAUAUAAAUUUUCCACUUAAAACCGAAGAAGAACUGCAGAUAGUGGAAGCCGUCUUAGAAAAUGACGACGAAAUUACUAAAGCGAUGACUGAGUUGCAACAAUUAGGAGGGAACAAUGGAUAUGAAUUUAUUAGAAGAUGUUUAUCUAUGAUAUUAACAAAUGAGAUUGCGGAUAAAUAA